UUCACCUAAGCUAACGGAUCAGGUGAGCCUUUCUGAUCACAUUUUGUUUGUCGUCUGUUUGUCUAUCUGUAUAAUUUUACUCCAGUUAACAGAUCAGGUCAGCCUUUUCUAAUUCUAUUAUGUUUGUCGUCAAUUUGUCUGUCUAUACUGUAUAACUUCUCUUGUCUGCUAUAUACAUGUACGUUUACUUUUAUUUCACGAGGGUCAUUGAAUGACCUUUUGCUAUCAGUCGGUGUUCGUUGUCGUCCCUAUGGUUUUAACCUAAUUCUAACAGAAUUUGCUUCAGUUAAUUAUUUUUCUAAAUGGCCUUUUUAUGCUUUAUUUAUGUCUUAUUUCUUGUUUUGUAGUCUACUUUUGCUAUUUAGCAUUGCUUCCUUUUGGUGGAAGACCUCAGGAGCGCCAGUCGAGAAGACGAUUCGACCAAUAUCGGACGAAAGAUAUCGCCUCAUUUACGGAAGUUAUUCAACCUACAAAUUAUUCGACUGAUUCAGUUCUGAACCUACAUUUAUCUACAGACGACAGUUCAUUUUCUCCUCAAAGCAGCCAUCUAGACAGCGCCCCUUGUCACACAGAAGAGGAACACAUUGAUGCUCGUCUCCUGUCAACGUUAGAUUCAUCAGCCUCCCCAACAGCCGCCUCAGACAGAAACGAUCUCAAUUCCACAGAUCAUGACAGGUUAUCCCCUCCAAGCCUUAAUAUGUCAUUUUAUAUUGAUCCGCCUUCUUUAAUUCAAAUUGCAGAUACAGCAAUUGGUUCAAAUUAUGACGAGGAACCUCCGGUGUUAUCACCAAUUCAUUUAAGGUCAAUAGUGCGCCCUCCUAAGAAGUUCACACCAAGUGAUUAUGUCAGGGCACGUAAGCAAAUUUUUGCCGAAACGGUAAACCAAAAGCAUUUUACUGAUUUACCUUUUUUUAUUCAGCGCAACAUUUUGUCCCUUGUAAUCUAUAACAAUUUCAACAUGUUUUUAACUUUAAUGAAGGUAUCAACACAUUUCGAACAUCUGCUAGCCACCCUUUAUAAUUUAUGUCCUCAAAUUUACUUAAAUGAAAAUGUUAUGUCCAUAUUGGAAGGUAAAUCUGUGUUUCCUGAUGGCGUACGACACAACUGGUCUCUUCGUAAGUUAAGCCGAGUGGCGGGUCCUGGGAGUGGAGUAAUGAUGGAACUGCGUGACGUACUGAGACCAAUUUCUUCCCGAUGGAUAAAUGGCUACAUCGAGAUCCUCGCAACAGCAAUCGCCGGAUGGUAUUAUAUUGUCGGUUUUAAAUUCAAACAGUAAAAUUUAAUAUUCGCGUGUGCAGCGUUAGUAAAUGAGCGUCAAUUGACGGUGGUAUGGCCUAUUUUCCCUAAAUAGGCUUCCAGUUGGAGCCACCAAUCGCGCAAAUAACAUAACAACAGUAAACAUGUGGUAUGGCCUGUCUCCUUAUGAGCUGGCUUCCAGUUGGAGCCACGUGUCGCGCAAAUAUAGGACAAUAUGUAAACAAAAUGAAUUUAUUUAUUUAUUUAUUUAUUUAUUUAUUUAUUUAAUUAUUUAUUUAUUUAUUUAUGUAUUUAUUUAUUCCAUUAUCUUUUUCAAUGUAGAAGUAAAGGAAACACUUUCAAAACAAAGCAAUGUUGAAAGUGUGUUUUCUCUCUCUCUCUCUCUCUCUCUCUCUCUCUCUCUCUCUCUCUCUCUCUCUGUUUAAUCAUUU